CAACAAAAAAAAAAAAAGGAUCUGUAGCAGUAACAAACAGAGCUCAAAAGGCGGCUGCGAUCCCAUUCCGUUCAUUUCAUCAAUUAAUCAUCUCGGAAAUUCCAAUCAAUGGCGCUUGAUUCUAAGUUGAUUGACGACGGACUUGCGGCUGACAACACUCUCCAAGCUAUCUGCUAUAAACGUGGCUCCCUCCAGUUGCUUGACCAGAGAAAACUUCCAUUGGAAACGAUGUACUUAGAUAUUCAUGGUUCAACAGAUGGAUGGAACGCAAUUCGAGAUAUGGUGGUUCGAGGGGCUCCUGCUAUUGCCAUAGCUGCAGCCCUUUCACUGGCGGUUGAAGUUGCCAACUUAAAGGACUUUAAUGGCGGAUCGAAGGAUGCCGCUUCUUUUCUUGAAUCGAAAUUAGAAUAUCUUGUCUCAAGUCGACCAACGGCUGUGAAUCUUUCGGAUGCUGCUAUAAAGCUUAAAGAAAUUAUAUCAAAGGCUGCUUCUACUGUUACAGUGCCUGAGAGUGUUUUCCAGGCUUAUAUAGAAGCUGCUGAAAUCAUGCUUGAUGAUGAUGUUGCUACUAACAAAGCAAUCGGGUCUCACGGUGCAAAUUUUCUCCAGCACCAACAGAAUAAUUCAAAAAGAUUUUCAGUUUUGACACACUGCAACACCGGAAGUCUUGCCACAGCUGGAUAUGGUACCGCCCUUGGUGUUAUCCGUGCCCUUCAUGCUCAAGGAGUGUUGGAAAGGGCAUAUUGUACCGAAACACGACCCUUCAAUCAGGGAUCCAGACUCACGGCUUUCGAGCUGGUGCAUGAAAAAAUACCUGCUACUCUAAUAGCAGAUUCUGCUGCAGCUGCUUUAAUGAAAGAAGAUCGUGUUGAUGCUGUUAUUGUUGGAGCGGAUCGUGUGACAGCGAAUGGUGAUACUGCUAACAAGAUUGGAACCUAUAGCCUUGCCUUAUGUGCAAUGCAUCAUCAUAUUCCAUUUUACGUUGCCGCACCGCUUACUUCCAUAGAUUUAUCACUUUCUUCCGGACAAGAAAUUGUAAUCGAGGAAAGAUCAGCUAAGGAGUUAUUGCACACACGGGGAGGACUGGGAGAACAAGUGGCUGCUUCCGGGAUCUCAGUCUGGAACCCGGCUUUCGAUGUCACCCCUGCCAAUCUAAUAGCCGGUAUCAUAACAGAAAAGGGUGUAAUUACAAAGAAUGACAUGAAGGAUGAUGCAUUUGAUAUUAAGGAUUUCAUAGAGAAGGCAACAGGCAAAUCUACCGUAUGAAGUCGGCAUCUCUAACCGUAAACGAUUCCUAGGUCUCACCAUUCACGAGACUCGAUAUCGAGACCUUACUUAGGUAUCAAGUUUUGUACCACUUGACCCCGAAACCGUCAGUAAAUUUUCCGUUACUGUAAGACUUAGGAAUCGGUUUAGUUCAUUUAUGCCGUAUUGUUGUAUUUCUAACUUUACAAGGUGGUGAAUGCCUUGGCACAAUACUAUCAGCAAAUAAAAUGGGUGUCUUGAAAAUAAUUACUGUUAA